AUGUCGAGAGCCAAAGUCGAAUUGAUCCCCUGGGAUCCCAACUCCCCGGACCACUUCACAAGGAUGGUAGAUCAGAGAAUAGCAUGCGGUUGGGCCUCGGACCUGGUGCCUCAAUGGCAAGAGAACCAGCGAACCGGAUUUAAGUGCAUCCACUGGCUCGUACUCGCGGAUGAGGAUCCGGAGCGAGACGCAAGACUCGCAAAGCACCUCGCCGAUUACACAAAAGAAAAAGACCUCAUUCUAGACACAGCAGACUCCAUCAGCGCCGCCCCGCGAACCCCGACAGGAGCAUCCUUUCACCCCGUCGGCCACAUCUCACUCGACAUCGACAACCCCGCCGCGGCGCCCCUCAACCUCCCGAUCCCUAAGGACCACGUCUACUGGAUCAAGAGCCUCUACGUGUCUUUUGCACUGCAGAGCUGCGGCAUCGCCAGGGCCGCCAUGGACUUGGUUGAGAGCAUGGCCACUAGCGAGCCACUAUGCGCAAAGACGCUCAUGUUGGACACGGUCUCCAAAGAGGACCAAUUGAGAAAAGAGUCCAUGGUUGUGGCGCAGGGCAAACUUCCACCGACACCGACGCAUGCGUGGUAUGAAAGGAGAGGCUAUAGACUGAUCCACACCAUCAACAACUUUUACGGGUUCCCGGAAAAGGAUCCAGAUGGCAACCUGCUCAUUCGAAGGACGGUGUUCUUGCGCAGAGAUCUCGUCUGGCGUAAAGAUGUCUUUUAG